UUUAAGUCCGCUAUCGCUUUCCGUACUUACCGCUAGCUACCGGUGCUUCGAGCUAAAACGCUAUAAGGGCUAACACAGUUAGAACAUGUCUGGCGGAACUAAUUUGGAAAACGCCAACCCAGUUAUAUUCCAGCGGUCCGGCGAGAGACUUCAGGCGGCCACCGACGAGGAUGAAGACGUCUGUGAUCCCAUCGACGACAGAGAAAUAUUCGAUUUGAUCAGAUCUAUCAAUGACCCUGAACAUCCGCUCUCCUUGGAGGAACUCAAUGUGGUGGAGCAAGUCAGAGUCAAAGUAAACGAUGCAGGCAGCACCGUGGGCAUCGAGUUCACCCCCACCAUCCCUCACUGUAGCAUGGCAACGCUCAUCGGCCUGUCAAUCAAAGUCAAGCUCCUGCGCUCGCUGCCGGACCGCUUCAAAAUUGACGUGCUCAUCACGCCGGGGACGCACGCUUCAGAAGAAGCAGUGAACAAGCAGCUGGCCGACAAAGAGCGAGUGGCGGCGGCUCUGGAGAACUCGUCCCUGCUGGAGGUGGUCAACCAGUGUUUGUCCUCCAGGAGCGUCUGAGCGACGCUUCCCGGCGUGGGUAUAAGAACGCUUCCACCUGAGGAGGUGAAUUGCAGUUACGCAUCGGAAGGAUACCGGCGGUGUGGGACAAAAAGCGCCGCUCACUGCUUGCUUGGCUUCCAGGUUGAAACACACUGAGACACUUCAUUAGGUACACCUGCACCACCCAGUCACGUUAAAUACAAAGGUCAUGUAUCGGAUCUCAUAGUAUUUACAAUAUUUAUUUACAUUUACUACUUAAUGGUGAGACUAUUAAUAUAUUUUUACAUAUUGCAAUAAUUGGAAAUGUCAAAUAUUGCAUUAAACAUUCCGUGACCCCAAGAGUGACAAACGGUAGAAAAUGGGUGAAUCUAUUUAAUAGACUAGAAUGCCUACAUGCAUGCUCAAUGAGGAGACUCCUUUGCUGCAGACAUGCAAUAGUAAACCGAACAAUAGAAAGAUAAAGGUUGAUGAGUGGAUAUUAGACAAUUAGAGCGUGGAGUGGGGGCGUGGCCUGCAGACCCGCAGCGAAGCGGGGUGUGCCAGGACCGGUUUCGAUAUCAGCGACAGGUUUUUAGAUGGCUCACUCGGGCCUGCUUUUCUAAUCACCUGUCGCUCUGUUAAAAGACAGAGAGGAGUUGGAGCACGAGCGAGAGCGCGAAAGACAAACCAAAAGACAAUUGCUGACAAGCACACAAAAGACAAUUUAUUGCAAAAUAAACCAGUGUUCAAGCCCUGAAAAGGAGCGGUCAUGUCGGUGAUUGGUGGUCCAGAGAACCCAGAGUGAAGAUACUUCCACAAUUUGAGUCUCCAAAUUGUGGAAGUAUCUUACCUCUGGAUUCUUUGGACCACCAAUGAGUCCACAAAUUGUGGAAGUAUCUUCCCUUUGGGUUCUUUGGACCACCAAUCACCGACAUGACCGCUCCUUUUCAGGGUUUGAACACUCGUUUAUUUUGCAAUAAAUUGUCUUUCGUGUGCUUUUCAGCAAUUGUCUUUGUCGCUCUCGCUCGUACUCCAACUCCUCUCUCCUUUGCGGCUGCUGCCUUUUAACAGAGCGACAGGUGAUUAGAUAAGCAGGCCCGAGUGAGCCAUCUACACACCUGUCGCUGAUCUCAAAGCCAGUCCUGGCACACCCCGCUUCGCUGCAGGUCUGCAGGCCACGCCCCCCUCCACAAAGAGUUAUGAUAAACAGGAAGGCCACACCAAAAUACAGUAGGUUUUUUUUGUCUCAAACAAUGAAGGGUGUGCUUUCACACCUUUUUAUGCUUUAUAACUUGUUUAUAAUAUUGCAUUACAAUUAUGUGUGCACCAGCCAGCAUGUUACAUAUUGUAGUCCAGUGCACAGAGAUUAAGAACUUACACCCAAUCAAAUUACAAUGCCUUUAAAGAAAGUCAUGCUUAUGUUUUCAAGGACCAAAGUAAAUAAAAUGUUCCAAAAAAAA